CAUUGGAAUCAAUUCUCAUCUUCGUUUUCGGUUCUUAUCUUCUCCUCAUUCCUGCUUGAACCCUAUAUCCAUCUCAUUUUCCUCCCGAUCUUCUUUCUCGCUCUCUAAUGGGCUAAGAAUUUCCAGUCGAUCGCUAAGAGGAAUUCGUUCCUUUCUGCAAAUUCUUUUUCCGUUGAUUUUUUUCGCGGAUCAUCGAUCAUGCCUUCGAUGUUCUGCGAUUUCUUUCUCGCCAUUGUUAUCCGUACUUUAAAUUCUGGUUUAUGUUCCCAUCGUCUGAAGAAGAUCGAGAAAUGGAAAUGCCUUUGGAGUAGUUUUCGCUAAAAUUGGGAGGCCCGUUUUGUUUAUACGUUGAUCUUGUCCUUUUCUUUAUCAUCGGAUUCUUCUAGUUCUUAACCGUCUUUAAUAUCGCUUUCUAUCUCCUUGCGUUUUUUUUUUUUUGACUGGAUCUGUUUUCGGAGAUUUUAGAUCCGGGGGAGAGAUUAUUCUGGCUGUAGGUUUUGGGUUGGGUGCUUAGAAAUUCGGCUUGAUUUUUUUCAACAGCUUGUGGAGUUGGAAACAUAAUUGAUUGACAGCUUUCAUAACAGUUUAUGCAAAUGGGUGAUAUUGAACCAUGUGAUGAGUCAGCUUUCGAAGCUGUUGACCAAAAAUCAUGCAAAAAUAUUCUUUUCGAGGGAAAUUUAAUUGUUGCAGAAGAUCAUUUUAACUGUAGCAAUAAAGAAAUUGUUGAGUUGGAUUUACUUAUGGAAAAGCUUGAAAUUUCUGAUGAAGAUGAUCUGAAUGAUUUGCUGUUCGAAGAACAUGAAACCGUGCAUGUUAAAGAGACCAUCUGCUCUUCAAUUUCUAAUAAGGAAACUUUGCAAUUUUCUUCUCCUAAAACCUCCAAGUUUAACGAUUUGGGUAAAUGUGCGCCAAUUCUGUGCUCUGAAGCUUUGGAAUCAUGCCCAUCAAUAUGUGCAAGUGCGGAGUCAUCAAUUAUCGAAUUGGGUUCUGAAAGUUCUGUUGCUGUUAGCACUCCUGCAAAAGAUAGUUUGAUGCCUUAUCAUGACUCCUCAAAAUGUAUGUCCGCCCUUAAAGGAAGCAGAGCACGGCAAGGGAAACCUCUGGAACCAAAUCUGCAUGUUACAUGGGCAGCAGAUGUCUAUGAUCCACCAGUUACUUCAUCGUCCCACACGGUGAAGGGACAUCGCCAUCGUCUUCCAAAGGCCAAGACAUCGGAUCAUCAGAAGCACAAGCACAAGCACAUGAAAACCAAGCCAUCUAGUGAUAGGAAGCACUCUCAUAGAAGCAGCAGUAGCAGCCUUUCGGAUCAGCGAUAUGUGAGAUUUCAAGCUCUUGCAAGAAGAUCAUGGCAAAGUGGUUUUACACUGGCAUAUUUAAGGGCUUUGGAUAUUCCAGUAUCAAGUAGACGGGAUUCAUCCAAUUGCGGAAGUAAUUUCCAGGCAAAAUCACCUUGGCGGCCACCGUCGCAAUCUAUUGCAGAAGCUUCUUGAGUGGGUAAUAUCUUGGCUAAUAAUUAGCUAUAGAUAUUAUAUCUGUUUCCUCGCAUCUAAAUUGGUCUGUUUUUAAUCAAAAUAAACCGUCUAACUAGCUAGAUACAUGCUACAUCUUUUUUCUCAUUAUUGAAAAGUAAACUGUGUAAUGCCCUGUGUAUAUAUGCUGACACUUAUUUCAUUCAUAGAUUAUUCUAUUUUGCUGAUGA